AGGAGCAACAUAAUUUCAAGGUGGGUAAUUAUUAAUUGUAUUCUGUUUUUUUAAUUAAUUAAAUUAUAUUACUUUUAAAAAACCCUUUUUCCAUUUUUGUUCCUGUUGUCUCUAGGGUUUUUUUGGCAUAUUUGGUUCCUUUCUGAUAAAAAAUAAACCAGUUUUCCAAAAGCAACCUCAAAUUUCCCGUCGUCAAAGCAUCCAAUUCUUGAAGAAUUUCAUUCAGAAAUUAAAUAAUGAGCAGUGCAACUUUCAGUUCUACCUGCUUCUUGAAGGGUAGUGAAGUGAAAGUUUCAAGCUUGAAGAGUAAAAAUGGAAAUUGCAAGCUACAUGUUGGUGGGUCUACUUCUUUGUCCGCAAAAAGAUUGCAGAUUUCAAAUGCUAAGCAGGAGAAAGAAGUUCGUGUUGCUCUUCUUGGUGCCAGUGGCUAUACUGGUGCAGAGAUUAUUAGACUUCUUGCAAAUCAUCCAUACUUUGGUAUUACUGUGAUGACUGCUGAUAGAAAUGCUGGGAAGUCGAUGGAUUCUGUAUUUCCUCAUUUCAUCACACAAAAGGAUUUGCCAGUUUUGGUUUCUACCAGCGAUGCAGAUUUUUCUGAUGUUGAUGCUGUAUUCUGUUGCUUGCCUCAUGGAACCACACAGGAAAUCAUAAAAGGUCUUCCCAAGGGAUUAAAGAUUGUUGAUCUUUCAGCGGACUUCCGAUUACGAAAUGUUUCUGAGUAUGAAGAAUGGUAUGGCCAGCCACACAGAGCACCUGAUUUGCAGGAAGAAGCUGUUUAUGGUUUGACUGAAAUUUUGAGAGAGGAAAUAAAAAACGCACAUCUUGUUGCUAAUCCUGGUUGUUAUCCAACGUCGAUUCAGCUUCCUUUAGUUCCCUUGAUAAAGGCCAAUCUCAUUGAACAUAAGAAUAUUAUCGUUGAUGCAAAAUCUGGUGUGAGUGGAGCAGGUAAAAAAUUCACAGCAUUUUUUCAUAUCUCGAUGCUUGUCUGUAGCAGUAAUAUGUUUCAAUUUCUACUUGCAUCAAUUUCUUCGGUGUCUGGAAAUUGUGCAGGACGUGGUGCUAAGGUGGCAAAUUUGUACACUGAAUUAACUGAAGGCAUCAUGUCUUAUGGUGUUACAAGGCAUCGUCAUGUUCCAGAAAUUGAACAGGGGCUAUCCGAUGCUGCGCAUUCUAAAGUAACCAUCAGUUUUACUCCACACUUAAUGCCAAUGACCCGUGGCAUGCAAUCAACUAUCUAUGUGGAAAUGGCUUCAGGAGUGACAGCCGACAAUUUGUACCAGCAAUUGAAAGUUUCUUACCAGGAUGAAGAAUUUGUAAGAUUAUUGGAAAAAGACGCUGUUCCUCGCACUCAUGAUGUUCGAGGCUCUAAUUAUUGUUAUAUAAAUGUAUUUCCUGACCGAAUUCCUGGCAGAGCAAUAAUCAUAUCAGUUAUUGAUAAUCUUGUGAAGGGGGCUUCUGGUCAAGCUCUACAAAAUUUAAAUAUAAUGAUGGGAUUUCCAGAAAACACAGGGCUUGGGUACCUGCCAUUGUUUCCUUGAGAUGUUUUUACUUUUCUUUGACUGAACAUCUUUUGCAGGUUAGGGUGGAGUGAAAUUUUUGUCUUUGAGGAGUCUCUACACUCUAGAAGAGCUCAAGAGGAACACGCACUAUCAGCUCAAUAACUAAUAAGAUGUCGUCAAGAAAUCAUAGGUGCAGUUAGAUGAUGAGAUAGCCGAUUCAGUGGAGGUCUAAUUGUCCAGGCUGUGCUGGUUCCAAUAUUGUAACUUGUCAGAUUUUCGUGUUGUAAUUUUCGUUUACAAUAAGAAUUUGAAACUUUUCUGACCAAAGGCCCGAUCAGAGACGAUUCGAACCUGAUUUCAGGAUUUUGUUUGUGUAAGUUUAUGGUAGACGACAAGCACGGUCCCGUUUUCCAUGAAUAAGAGAUCCGAGUCCAAUCCU